AUGCAAUCGCUGUUCGGUGAAGGCAAGUCCUUUAUUGGCGUAAUCCAUUUGCCGCCCCUGCCAGGGUCUCCUCGCUGGGGCGGUGACCUGUCCAGGGUACUGGAGCAGGCGGGGCGGGAGGCGGCCAUACUUACUGAAGGUGGAGCCAACGGCAUCAUCGUAGAGAACUUUGGCGACGCCCCCUUCCGCAUUGGGCGAGUGGAGCCGGAGACGGUGGCAGCCAUGACCCGAGCCGUGGACCUGGUGUGCCGGACGACUCCCCUGCCGGUGGGCGUCAACAUGCUGCGCAGCGAUGCAAUCUCCGCCCUGGCAGUGGCGGUGGCGGGCGGCGCCCAAUUCAUCCGGGUCAACGUUCACUACGGCACCAUGGCCGCCGAUGAAGGACUGGUGACCGGAGAAGCCUUUGAGACCCUGCGGCGGCGGCGAUUGAUGGAAGCGGAGGAUGUUUCCAUCCUGGCAGAUGUACUGGUGAAGCACGCGGUGCCGCUGGGCGAGCCUGAGCUGGGGCUCAUUGCCCGGGAGACGGCCUACCGGGGGCUGGCAGAUGGGCUGAUAGUGACCGGACCGGUUACGGGCCAGCCCGCCGUAGCCGACGAUGUGGCAACCGUGCGCCGUGCCGUUCCCGACCGUCCCCUGCUGGUGGGCAGCGGUGUGAAUGCCAGCAACGCCGCCCAAUUCCUGGCCCACGCCAACGGGGCCAUAGUGGGCACCAGCCUGAAGGAAGGCGGGGUGAUUACCAACCCCAUUGAUUUGGAGCGGGUGAGGGCCACGGCGGCGGCGUUUGGGGAGGCGGGGUAG